UGAAAGUGCAACGCGGGGCCAACGUCAUUUGUAUCCCCACAUAAAAGUGCCCCGCUGCAACCUUCCCGCACUGAACGCGCUCCAACGCGCCAACACGCAAUUCAAUAGACCCCGAGCUGCCAUGGCUUCAGACCUGCUCGGCAGCUUCGACAGCCGCCUGCCCAACGAGCUGACGCUCGCUGUGGUGCAGCAGCUCCAGUACGACAAAUACACGCUCUGCCAACUCGCGCAGACAUGUCGGGACUUCCAGCAGCUCGCGGAGGAGCACAUCUACAAGACGAUUAAGCUGCGGUCAGUAGGCGACCUGCACCGCGUCAUCGCUGCCUUUGCCGCGCGCCACGAACGCGUCCGCGCCGUGCAGACGCUCAAGAUCCUGUACCGAUGGAAUCCGCGCCUCGAGGUCAGCCUGGAGCGUCGCCGCGCCUUCAACGAGUGCGUCGCGCAGAUGGUCAAUCUGCGCAAUUGGCACAUCGAGAGCCCGUACGACAACUUCAAGUGGGAGAAGGGCGGCCACGAGUGGGUCAACGGCGACAUGGAGCACUUCCGGCUGGCGCUGGAGAAGGCGUGCGUGGACGGCGCGCAGGAACUGGCGCGCUUCGCUGCAGACCGCAGUCUGUGGAAUAGCAUGCCGCGGACGGUCGGGCUGGCGCAGCUGGAGUCGCUCACUAUCCACUCGCACGGCGCGCACGCCGACUUCUGGGACCUGGACGGCUUCCACUGCCUCUUCCGCCAUCCGAGCCUGCGAUAUCUGCACGUGUCCUGUGUGACGUUUCCAGAGACGCUGGACCUGCUGGAGCCGCACAAGGGCACGACGCCGCUAACGACGCUCAUCUUCGACGAGUGCAAUAUCGAGCCCAAGAGCUUGAAGCACCUCCUGAGCACACCCCGGCAGCUUAAGCACCUGACCAUCGGCGAGAACGUCUUCAACGUCAACCGUACGGUGCCACUAUCACCGAAGCUCACACCAGACCCACUCGCCGCCCUCGAGGCCAUCGCACCCGUUGCCCAUUCUCUAGAGACCCUGACCCAUCUCGACUCACUAUGGCGCCUCAACCCAGACAAGCACCUCAUCAGCCGCCGCCAGAUCUCCGGCAACGGCAUGCGAUCCUUCCGCUCCCUCACCACGCUGGAGUGCGACACCGACUCCUUCCUGCACUCCGCCAUCAUUAUGACCCCGCAGCUGUGCCCACCCAACCUCUCGACCCUGAUCCUGCGCCGCCACUUCUGGGUCGUCGAGAACUUCUUCGACCACCACCCCCCGACCGGCAUCUACACCGCGAUCCCCUCACUCACAGUCCUUGAGCUGCGCCAGUCCGCCGCGUCGCUGAACAAACACGCCACCGCCGACUACAUCUGCGCGCCGGAGCGCCUGCGCAGCCGCCACGCUUACGCGUACGCACUGGCGCAGCACGGGAUCAAUCUGCGCGUCGCCAUCGAGCUGGGCCGCGGCUCCUCGCUCAUCCCGCCCUAUCUGCACGGCGAGCCGGCGCCCGAAGUGCAAGUCCUGUACGACGCGUCGCGCGUCGGCUUCCGGCACCGCGCGGAGCAAGACGCAGACGCAGACACGUACGCCGCGCACGACGAAGACUCUCCCGACGACCAGCCCGUAGUCCAGCCCGGAGUCCAGGCUGACCCUCCAAGCCCCUCCCCAGCUGCCCCCCUCCCCGCAGACACCCCCCUGACAGACACCCCCCUCCUCCCCCUCUCCACAAUCCGCCUGCUCAGAAACACAACCCACCGCCUCCUCACCACGCGCAAAGCGCGCUUCACCCGCGGCCGCGCCCACCGCGACCCGGACUGGGACAGCGCGACCGCGUCGGACUCGGAGUUCCUCGACGAGGACGAGGAUGAGGAUGACGACACGGAUGUGGGUAUGCACGAUGGCGAGUGGGUCACUGAUGAAGAUGACGACGAGGACGAGGACGACGCAGACGCAGACUCAGACUCAGACAUGGACCUGGACAUGGAACCCAUCGAUGUCCACGACCCACCGCAGCUGCUCGAUGCGCUCACGACGAUGCUGCGCGACGAGGCAGGCGAGGCCGCGGUGCCAGGGUUUUUGGCUGCCGUGGCUGCGCUGCCUGCGCUGCCGCAUGCGGAGUGGCAGGCCGGCGCGUUUGGGGCGCUGUUCGAGGCGCUAAGGGAGGCGGGGGUGCCGGGGGUGUCGUUGGGUGGGGCGGUGUUGGGGACCCCCCCGUUGGAGGGGGAGGAGGAUGAAGAGGAGGGAGGGGGUGUGGACUAGGCUAGGCGGUGGAAGCGGGUCUGGCGGAGGGAAGGGCACGGUCAUGUAUAUACCCACGCAUCACACAUCACGCAUACGA